AUGGACCUAAAUGACCCAACAACACAGUUAGAAGAGGAGCUUGACUCGGAGAUAUCUAACAUCCGUCGCGAAAUCCGCAAGCUCCAAAGACGCCGCCGCUUCCUCGCAUCAAGCGUCCUCUCCUCCGAGGCCCUCCAGAACCGCCUGAAACCUCAACAACCUUCUACCUCGACCAUCUCCAGCCUAAACGAAGACAUCUCCCCACUCGUCCGCGCCGCAGGCGUACACACUCAAUCGAACCACCACCGCAUCGCUUUCUCCACGACCACAUUCCCAUUCAAGGACCCUUCCCCGGUGACCGACGCCGAGAGCGAGAAAGACUCGAAGAAUUUGCUUGGUGUGCGGAUUGAUAUCUGCGUCCGGAAUGGCCGCUUUACGAAACCGUACUACCUCCUCCUGCGCAAAGUGCGCGCGGCCGAACACGCAGAGAAGAACAAACCCGAGAUACGGCUGAAGGUCCACCGACACACAAUACCCGCAUUUAUACCAGUACAGCGACUAGAACGUAUAAUGUUACCUCAACAUGACCCCCUACCUGUACCCGGAGACGGCGAUGGGAAUGGCAACGGCCACGGCGCUAUAGAACCGCUGAAGAAGAAACCGAACCCUCCGGCCCGCCAACAGAAUCUUCAGAUGUUCAUCCGUGAAAUAAGGCGACAGCUGGUCUCGUGGCAUAUGCGGUUGGAUGCGAUCCAUCUUAUCCGUGAGCAGCUAGGUAUUAUCCGGCGGGGUGUAGAUCCUUACCCGGAUGACGAGGAGGAUGGGCCGUGGGAUCGAGAUAUGCUUGUUGAUGUGGGGUUUGAUUCCGGCCUUGGAGAGACAAGGUUAAAGAAGAACGAUUAUGGGAUCGCGUCAUUUUCGCCGACGGCGCUGGAGGCGGCGUAUGUCCGGGUGGAGUGGGAGGAUGGUCGGGUUGGGCGUUUCAAGAUCUCCGACUCGGGGACGGUUGAGCGGGCGGUUGUUAUUGGUGAUAACGGAAGAGACAAGGUGCUGGAGGCUGCGCUUACUGGGGGCGAUAGGAGUGUGCUCACAGUCUUAGACCGAUUGAAGAAGGACGCGUCACCCGGACGAGAUAACGAUGCGGACUCGAACACGGGGUAG